GGGUGGAAUAUUGUUCAUAUAAAAACCAUUAUAGCUUGUUGCUUUUGAUCACACGACUCUUGAACUUCGCCUGUAAUCAACUUGAGAUGCAGCUGUUACAUUAAGAUUCUCCAGUAAUGAUAAAUCUCGUCUACCUGAACUGCGUGAUCAGAAAGAAUCUUCUUUUAUUACUCUGGUGAAGCUAUUCAUACAAGUAAUCUUCCUUUCAGAAACUGUCUUCACAAGGCUUUACAUUUGACCAUCCAGUAUUUCCUUUCCAUUCUAACUCUGCUUCCUGAGCUCAGUCUGUUUUCUGCAAAAGCCAGUAAAUUAUUAUCACAUAUUAAAAAGUUUGCUUCGCUUAGAAAGGCAAAAGAUGAAGUUUGGGAAAGAAUUUGAAGCACAAAUAGUGCCAGAAUGGAAGGAAACAUAUAUGGAUUAUAAUUACUUGAAGACCCUUUUGAAAGAUGUCCAACGCCACAAGCAGAGAAACAAGCCACCUGCAACUCCGGGAGGCCUAAAGAGAAAGCUAACUCUGUACAGGGCUUUCAGUGGACUCAUUCAGAGACAUCCCCCCCAAUCCAUCAGCCCCUCAGAGCAGGAUGUUGAGAGCCAACCCAUUAUGGUGAACUCAGUGCUCAGUGAUGGAUCUGAGGGCUACCAAACUACAUUUCUGAAGGCUGCUGAAGAAGGUGGAGAAUAUGAAUUGGUAUUCUUUAGGAGGCUAGAUGAUGAGUUUAACAAAGUGGACAAGUUUUAUAGGUCUAAAGUGGAAGAAGUGAUGAAGGAAGCUGCUAUGUUAAAUAAGCAAAUGGAAGCUUUGAUUGCUUUCCGGAUAAAAGUUGAGAAACCCUCCCAAUGGUUCAACAGCUCUGUAGAGAUGACUCAUCUUGCUUCAGAUGUUGCUAGUUCAGCAGCUGCAUUAUCAUCUUCUACGCCCAGAGGGGCCAAAUUGCACACUUCAUCAACAGGAAGAGUUUCCCUGGGCAUGGAGGCGAUCAAUGAGGAUAGCAUCCGCCAUGGUCAAUCAGAUGACUCUAACGAGGACAAAGAUGAUGAAAUUCAAGUAAGUGACAAGAAGUUCCAGACAGAUAAAGAAAAAGAUAACAGACGCACCAGACCAGCUCCUCUGGAAGUCCUUAAUCAUGUUCGAUUCAACAACAGUCUUGAGACUCCUCGCUCAACCAUAAAAGGCUUCCUCAAUUACUCUGCACAGAAAGAGCUACAAUUCAACAGAAAGAAUCUGAAGAAAAUUGAAGAACAACUCACAAAAGCUUUCAUUGAAUUCUACCAAAAGCUUCGACUUCUAAGGAACUACAGCUUUCUGAACACACUGGCAUUUUCAAAGAUAAUGAAGAAAUAUGACAAGAUUACAUCAAGAAGCGCAGCAAAAGCUUACGUGAGUAUGGUUGAUAACUCCUUCCUGGGCAGCUCUGAUGAGGUCACCAGGCUUAUGGAGAAGGUUGAAAAAACAUUCAUCAAGCAUUUCUCCAACUCCAAUCGUGAUAAUGGAUUGAACCUUCUCAGACCAAAACCAACUAGAGCAAAGCAUAGAAUAACAUUUUCCACAGGUUUUAUGGCGGGCUGCACAGCAGCACUAGUUUUAUCACUUAUUCUGAUCAUCCGUGCCCGCAAAAUUAUGAAUCACAAAGGGAGUACUCAGUACAUGGAAACCAUGUUUCCUCUUUAUAGUUUGUUUGGAUUCGUAGUUCUGCACAUACUUAUGUAUGCUGCUGAUAUAUACUUCUGGAGGCGAUACAAAGUGAAUCGGUCAUUCAUUUUUGGUUUCAAGAGAGGAUCUGAGUUGAGCUGCCUUGAUGUUCUCCUCCUAGCUUUUGUCCUUGCAACUGUGGCACUAGCCAGUGUACUUGCGAACCUUGACAUGGAGAUGGAUCCAAUGUCAAAAGAUUACAAAGCCUUCACAGAACUUAUUCCUCUGAUCUUGGUCCUUAUUGUGAUUGCCAUUUUAUCAUGCCCAUUCAACAUCAUGUAUCGUUCAAGCCGGCUUUUCUUUCUCACAUGCCUGUUCCACUGUAUCUGCGCUCCUCUCUACAAGGUCACGCUUCCAGAUUUCUUUUUGGCGGAUCAAUUCACUAGCCAGGUGCAAGCUCUAAGAAGCUUAGAGUUCUACAUUUGCUACUACGGUUGGGGAGAUUUCAAGCAUAGACAAAACACUUGCAGCUCAAGCAGCAUAUUCAAAACAUUUUCCUUCAUUGUUGCUGUCAUUCCAUACUGGUGUCGUUUGCUUCAGUGCCUCAGGCGAUUAUUUGAAGAGAAGGAUGCAAUGCAAGGAUACAACGGGGUGAAAUAUUUCCUCACAAUAGUAGCUGUUUGCCUCAGAACAGCUUACAACCUUGAUAAAAGGAUCACUUGGAAGGUGCUUGCCUGGGUGUUCUCAAUAUCUGCAGCAAUCGUUUCUACAUAUUGGGACCUUGUCAUAGAUUGGGGCCUCCUGCAAAAGAAAUCCAAGAAUCGCUGGUUAAGAGACAAACUUGCAAUACCUCACAAAAGUGUAUAUUUCACAGCCAUGGUGCUGAAUAUCUUGCUGAGAUUUGCAUGGUUGCAGACAGUACUGGAUUUCAAGGUUAACUUCCUGCAUAGACAAGCUAUGAUCAGCAUUAUUGCGAGCCUGGAGAUCAUACGUCGGGGCUUAUGGAACUUCUUCAGAGUGGAGAAUGAGCAUUUGAACAAUGUGGGCAAGUUCAGAGCCUUCAAGUCUGUGCCACUACCUUUCAACUACAACGAAGCUGAAGACAAGGACGAGUGAUUCAGCUACGCCAUCGACACACACAUAUGUACUACCUACAUUAUGUCUUUUUUUGGACAUGCAUAAAAAAAAUUUUAUGCACCUUUUUCUAUUUUUCUCAUUCAAUGGAAACUUAUAUAUUACUAACUCC